AUGAGGCUCUCGGCGGCUCUGCUCGGUUCGGUCCUCGUCGAGGCUGUCGACCGAAACAACUUCAAGAAAUGCGCCGAUUCCAGCUUCUGCCAGCGUAGACGCGUGUUCAACAGCGAUGGUGUCUCUCCCUACGCCGUCACAAAGUCCGAACUGAUCGAAAACGACAGUAUCCUUCAACUCACGCUUGAAGUCGAUGGGAGGCCGUGUCUAAAGGCUCUCCACUCAAUCUUGCCAGUUGGCGCUAGAAUAAAUAUUGAAGAAUGCGAACCUCUUCAUCCACGAUACGACCCAGAAGCUAGACCUAGCCCAGAAGAACUGCUCAUCGACGGCCACGCGCCGCAGAAACUCAAACUCGAUGAAUCAAACGGCUUUAUUUCCAUUCAAGCCGGCGAUAUGCGACUCAAAACCUCCCUAGAAAGUUAUAUCACAGAAUUUUCUCACAAAGACGAAGUCAUUUCCGUUGCCAACUCCAGAAACCUUCUUUUCGUCGAAGAAUUGCGAGAGAAAAACGACGAUGAGCCGAGUUGGGAAGAAAAGUUCAAGUCGCACAAAGAUUCCCGGCCGAGGGGUCCUGAAUCGGUCUCGAUGGACGUCGUCUUUACAAACAGUAGGAAUCUUUACGGCCUUCCAGAGCACACAGAUUCAUUUGUCCUGGCAAACACGGAAGAAGGCGAGCCUUACCGUCUCUUCAACCUCGAUGUUUUCCAGUUCGAGAUUGACGAACGAAUGGCCCUCUAUGGAGGCAUUCCUUUCGUCGCCAGUCAUUCUCCGGAACGUUCUAGCGCUGCUCUUUGGCUCAACGCCGCCGAAACAUGGGUCGACAUCAAAUACGUCGAUCCAGAAGCCUCUAUUGCUUCCUGGUUCACAUCCGGAAAAGUUCCUGAAGCGCAUACAUUCUGGCUUUCUGAAACUGGCAAGAUCGAUCUCUUCCUCUUCCCCGGCCCGAGCAUUCAAGAAGUCAACGACCAGUACACAGUUCUGACUGGAAGACCGCAGCUUCCGCCACAAUGGGCGACCGCUUAUCACCAGUGCAAGUGGAAUUACAGAGACGAGCCCGAUGUUGCUGAAGUAAACGAAAACUUUGACGUUCACGACAUUCCCGCGGAUGUUAUUUGGCUAGAUAUUGAGCAUACAGACGGAAAGCGAUACUUCACCUGGGACCCUGUCAAAUUCCCAACUCCGGAUAAAAUGAUCGAGAAUGUCGCGUCUAAGGGACGAAAAAUGGUCACGAUUGUCGACCCCCAUAUAAAAGUGGAUAACAAUUACUACAUCUACAGCGGCGCGAAGGAAGCGGACAUUUAUGUCAAGAAGCCUGGUGGAGCGGAAUUCAACGGCUGGUGCUGGCCUGGAAACUCCGCUUACAUCGAUUUUACAGAUCCGCGAGCUCGUGAAUGGUGGGCAGAGCAGUUUCUCUUCGAAAACUACAAGCACAGCUCUCCAUCGCUCUACACUUGGAAUGACAUGAACGAACCAUCUGUCUUCAAUGGGCCAGAGGUCUCCAUGCAACGAGAUAUCAUCCAUCACAACGGCUGGGAACAUCGAGCCGUGCAUCAAAUGUAUGGCCUUGGAGUUCAGCGAGCAACUUACGAAGGUCAACUCAAGCGAGACCCGAAUUCCAGACCUUUCGUUCUCUCAAGAGCGUUUUUCGUCGGAACCCAGCAAUGGGGUCCGAUUUGGACUGGCGAUAAUGGCGCAGAAUGGAGCCAUCUGAAGAGCUCGAUUCCGAUGCUGCUCGCUCUUGGUGUCUCUGGCAUGCCCUUUGUAGGUGCCGAUGUAGGAGGUUUCUUUGGAAAUCCAGAGCCGGAACUUCUUUGGCGAUGGUAUCAGCUCGGCGCUUUCCAACCGUUCUUCCGAGCGCACGCUCAUUUGGACUCGAAGCGUCGUGAACCCUGGGUAUUCGAGGAGCCAUGGACGGGUAGAAUGCGAAAUGCGAUCAGAUAUCGUUACAGACUUCUUCCUCUUUGGAACGAGCUCUUUUACGAAAGCCACAAAACUGGCGUUCCGCCUAUGCGACCGAUUUGGUACAAUUAUCCAAAGGAAACAGAAUCGUACGGAGUUGAAGAAGAAUACAUGCUCGGCGAUACGCUCUUAGUCGCCCCUGUAAUGGAAGAAGGAAAACGAGAUGUGGAAGUGUAUUUCCCCGGCGGAGAUAAAUACUUCAGACUUGAUUAUCACGAGACCCCAGCGUACAGUGGAAAUGCGGUCGUUUCAGCAGGAGAGGAUGAGCAAAUUCCAGUUUUCCUAAAAGCAGGACGAAUCUUUGCCUCGAAAGAACGAAUCAGAAGAUCAUCAACGCUCAUGGAAAACGACCCGAUUACAUUGAACAUUGCGCUGGAUAGCGAAAGAAAAGCGAGCGGAAAGCUAUACUUUGAUGAUCAAAUUACGCACGACUAUCAAAAGGGAGAAUUUUCCUACAAAGAAGUUAGCUUUGAUGGAAAGAGCUUGAAUUACAGCGAUUCUGCUCAAACUGGCGUGUUCCAGAGCGAGCAUUCUUUCGUCGAGCAAAUUGUCAUUUACGGUUUUGGCUCAUCUGCUCCUAAGUCAAUUCAAAUCUCUUCAAAUGGGUCAAACUGGCAACUCGAGAGUCAAGUGAAGGGGACGACCUUAUUCAUUCGAAAACCUAACGCAAAGUCCACUGGAUCAUUCACUCUAACCAUCGAGUAA